AAAGAGCCAAGGGAAAAUUGUCACGAUAUCAGUUCUUCAUCAUAGUCAUCGUUGCAACUUUUACCUACAGUAUUGUUCCUGUUUACCUUUUUCCUUCUAUCACGGCUCUAUCGUUCGUUUGUUGGAUAUGGAAAGACUCGAUAACUGCGCAGCAAAUAGGUUCUGGAUUCAAUGGAUUAGGCAUAGGCUCUUUUGCGUUGGAUUGGAUGACCAUGACAUCCUACAUGGACAGUCCUCUGGCAGUUCCUGCAUUUGUGGUGGUCAACAUGAUGGCCGGAUUCAUUCUUAUUAUUUAUGUUCUAGUACCAUUAUCUUAUUGGAAUAAUGCUUACGAUGCCAAACGUUUUCCUAUUUUUUCAUCAAGUAUUUUUGACAUCGAUGGGCAAUUUUACAAUGUGUCCCGGAUUUUAGAUGAGAAGUCACUCACAUUCAACGAAGAAGCAUAUAACAAUUAUUCGAAAUUAUACUUCAAGUGCCUCCCUUAUGUAUAGUUAUGGUUUUACCAUGGCUUGUUUUACGUCAAGCAUCUCUCAUGUUGCUCUCUUCUAUGGGAGAUCACUAUGGCUACAAUUUGUCAAUUCAUAUCGGUGUCAAAUGCAAGAUGUUCACACGAGGUUGAUGAAACAAAAUUACGAGUCUAUUCCCCGGUGGUGGUUCUACUCUCUACUCUUCUCCAUGAUGGGUUUUGCCAUCUUGGUAUGUGAAAUAUUUAGCGAUCAACUUCAACUUCGCUAUUGGGAAGUUCUAUUAGCUUGUGCCUUGGUGUUCAUAUUUUUGCUUCCAGAAGGUGUCAUGAUGGCUACUACUAGUUCGGAAUUUUCAAUAAAACUUUUAUUAGAGAUCAUAAUUGGGUACUUGCAGUCGGGUAAACCUAUUGCAAAUAUUGCAUUCACAACAUACGGCUCUACUGCAAUUAAUACGGCAAAAUAUUUUACUAUGGAUAUGAAGAGAGCAUAUUACAUGAAGAUUCCUCCAAAAGUAAUGUUCUUGAUACAGCUUAUUCUCUAAUAGGAGUCCUACCAAAUGGCCGAUGAAGAAGGUUCGAUUCUGGAUGACUCUCCGAUCGAGCAAGUUCGGUUGACAGUCCCACCAACAGAUGAUAACACAUUGCAGGUCUUGACAUUCCGAACAUGGCUUAUCGGAAUCCCCAUUUGCAUCCUCGGGUCCGUAAUUGCAGCAUUAUCUUCUUACCGACAGCAAUUGUUCUAUUUAUCACAAGUCUGCAUCAACAUCAUCGUGCUCAUCAUUGGGAAACUAAUGGCUAAUAUGCUACCAAACAAAGUGGUAAGGAUGCCAUACACAAACUGGGGUUUCUCGUUGAAUCCGGGACCCUACAACUUUAAAGAAUGUGGUGACCACCAUACUGGCCGGCAUGGAAAGUGCUUCUGCUGGCUUCGAAAUUUUAUCCAUGUCCAAGAUCUUCUACCACAAGGAUAUCCCAUUAUUGCCGGCCAUGCUGCUGGUGCUAUCGAUUCAGUUUUCGCCAGUAUUACCUGCAGCAGCUGCAGCACGAGGCCAGAUGGUUUGCUCGAUAUCAGAGGCAUCAAUACUUUCUCCCCACAUGCACACCUCACCACCAAUGACCAAUUUCUGCUGCUCAGGCGUGGAGAUGUUUGUAAGGGGCUCAUUCAUGUAGAACUUCUGCCAUGGGACAUCCAAGUGAUCCAAGUACCACUUCUCCUGGUUGCUCACAAUGCAUCUCAGUCCGGCCGCCACCACCUUCUGUGCUACUCCACCACCAAGCCUGCAAGCACACAAGGAAAAUUGCCUUAUGACAGUGAUGACACCAACACAAUCUAUCCGGAUCGCUGUACACAGAAGUCAGAUUUCUCAUCUCUUUCCAAUCCUUUCUUAGUUGUGUUUCUGGAAGCUAUAGAAGUUUGUCCUGUUGUGUUUUAUUAUCCAAAAAAUUAACAUUUGAUGUGUGUUUUAUCAUUAAUGAUGAGAACUUACAUUUGACA